AUGGAUUUCUGCCGGAAUGUGACAGUGUCCACUGAGUAUCACCAGCAAGAGAAGGUCCAUGCUUCUCCUCCUCCUUGCUCUAAACUUGGUGCUGCAGCUGCUGCCUUGACAGCUAGUACUAGUCCUCUUGAUGACCUUUUCUCUGCUCAAAACACGGAAGUCGAUUUUAGCUUGGAAUGGCUGUCAGUAUUUGUAGAGGACUGCUUAUCCAGCACAGGAAACUGCCUUCCAUUACCCACGGUUGAUGUUCAAAAGACAAACACAGAAGAAAACCUCCCAAAACCCUUGCAACAGAAACCCCAAGACCAAGAAGACCCAUCUUCUUUGAAGAAAUUUGUAAUUCCAGGAAAAGCAAGAAGCAAGAGAAGAAGGCUUACUGAUGACAAGACCAGAAACCCAUUAACUAGCUGGUGUUAUACCAACCAAGCCCUUAAUUUGGCCAGCUCGGACCCUCCUUUGCUCCAACAAACAUAUUGGUUAGCUGAUAGUGAACUCAUUACGCCCAUAAAAGAGGGUAGCAACAACAACAAAGGCAUGGAUAGUGAAGCACAAGAUGUUGAGGAGGACCAAGGAAAGGUAGAAGCUGUGGUAGGGAGUAGUGGCAGCAAGGAGAGUUCAGGCAUUUUGGAGAAAGAUAAUGGACAGCAGCAACCAAGGAGGUGCACCCAUUGCCUAGCACAAAGGACGCCACAAUGGAGGGCAGGACCAUUGGGUCCAAAAACACUUUGCAAUGCAUGUGGAGUGAGAUACAAGUCAGGCAGGUUAUUGCCAGAGUAUAGGCCAGCAAAGAGUCCUACUUUUGUGAGCUAUUUGCACUCCAAUUCUCAUAAGAAAGUACUGGAGAUGAGAAUGGCUGGCUUCAGUUCAAUUCCUAGUGAGCAGUAG